UGCGCACCUCAUUUUAAACUCUUUCUCGACGCGCACGUGUGACAGAAGCGCUCGUUUCGUCGGAGAGGAUCUAGGAGAGAUGGAAAAAGCUGGGUCUAAGCCAGUUACAAGCCCCGGAGAAGCAGCUAUCAGACCUGAGUACAUUGUGAAGCGUAAUGCGAGCAAAGACGGCGAAAUAGGGACGGAACUGAAGCAAGAGCAGUCAAUAGUGGCUGUUGAAACUGAACAAACAGGAGAUGGUAACGGACCACCACCGACGAAGAGGCGCAAAAAGGAGCGAGGCCAGAACAAACGCAGACCAAGAGCGGCAAGAGUGGACCACGCCGACCAACUCUGCCCCAGUCUCAACCACGGCGACCGGUCAAACCGGUUCUGCCAGUUUGGCGACAAGUGUCGCUACUGCCAUGACUGCUCAGAGUUUCUUGCAAAGAAACCGCCUGACAUCGCAGAAUCUUGCCACCUCUUUACCAAACUGGGGAGGUGUCCGUACGGACUGGCCUGUCGCUAUGGUAACAGUCACAUGACUCCCGACCACCAGAACAGGAUUAACGAGGAUUUGUUUGAUCCCGACAGAGCCGGCACGACGAUUAAUAUAAUUUCACGGAGUCUGCAGGAGAACUUGAGGAAAAAGAAAGUCGAACUUCCGAAGUCUGAAAAAUUUCUAAAAGAGUUUGAGAGAGAAAAGAAAGGAAUAAGAAACAACCAGAAGAGUUGUGAAUUGGAGGAAGGAGGGAGUGGGAGAAAGGAGGAGAAGGAAGAGGGUGAGGGUGGAAAAGAAGUGGGUGAGGAGGGAAAAGGAGAGAUGGAGAAAGGGGGAGAGGAUAAAGAGAAGGGGAGAGAGGGAAAAGGAGAGGGGGAGGGAGAGAUGGAGGAAGGGGGGGAGGAUAAAGAGAGGAGGAGAGAGGGAACUAUUGGCAAUGGAUCCACAGAUGAAGUGAAGGAAGAACCUGCUAACCCAGAAGGCCGGGAAGUAGAUGAAGUGAAGGAAGAACCGGCUAACCCAGAAGGCCGGGAAGUAGAUGAAGCAUCCGGGAAACGUGAAUCAAGUGAUGCAGCUAGUGAACCAUCGCAGCCCGUGGAAGGUGCUGUAACUGAUGAAGACACCGUGAUAUUGAGGCCCGAGGAGAGAAAGAAGAUAGACUUCAGGGGGAAGCUGUACCUUGCUCCACUAACAACUGUGGGCAAUCUUCCCUUUCGGAGGAUCUGCAAAGAGUUUGGGGCCGACAUUACGUGUGGAGAAAUGGCAAUGGCCACCAACCUACUGCAGGGGCAACAGAGUGAGUGGGCGCUAUUGAAGCGCCAUGCCAGCGAAGACCUGUUUGGUGUCCAGGUCUGCGGGGCUCACGUGGACAGCAUGACCCGCUGUGCAGAGGUCGUCUCCACGCACGCAGAGGUGGAUUUCAUCGACGUCAAUGUGGGCUGUCCUAUUGACUUGGUCUGCAAUAAGGGUGCAGGGUGUUCGCUGAUGGAUAGGCGGACGAGGUUCGAGUCGAUAGUGAGAGGAAUGACAGCAGUGGCCAGCUGCCCUGUCACCGUCAAGAUGAGGACCGGAGUCCAUCACCGGAACUGGAACGCCCACAAACUCCUCCCACGACUGCAAGACUGGGGUGUCGCCAUGGCAGCCGUGAGUGUAGUCCUGCCGACUGAAGUUGGUCUGUUUACCUCUGGCACAGAGUGUGCGAACCAUUUUUUCUCCUCUACUUUUCUUCUUUUCCGUCUUCCUUCUUUUUACCUUCCUCUUUUCUUCCUUUUCUCGGUUUUUUCUCCUUCUUUUUCUUCUUUUUCUUCUUUUUUCUUCUCUCCCUUCUUUUUUAUCUCCAUCCUCUUCCCUCUCCCCCUCUCCCCCUCUCAUCCCUCUCUUCCCUCUCCUCCCUCUCCCCCUCUCACCGACACUGAAAAGGUACACGGGAGAUCGAGAGAGCAGAGGUACACGAAGCUGGCAGACUGGGGGUACAUAUCCCAGUGUGCCACGGCCGCUUCUCCUCUGCCAGUGUUUGGUUGCGGAGAUAUCCUGUCGUUUGAGGAUUACGAGCAACACGCACAGGGCCAGGCCGGCAUUAUGAUCGCCAGGGGUGCACUAAUUAAGCCGUGGAUAUUCACUGAACUCAAGGAAAGAAGACACUGGGACAUAUCGUCGUCAGAGAGACUCGACAUUUUGAGACGCUACGCAAACUACGGCCUGGAGCACUGGGGAUCUGAUACCAUUGGAGUGGAGAACACGAGAAAAUUUCUGCUGGAGUGGCUGAGUUUCCUCUACCGCUACAUCCCCGUGGGUCUACUGGAGAGGGUUCCCCAGACGAUCAACGAACGACCUCCGCUGUACCACGGCAGAGACGAGCUGGAGACGCUGAUGGCCUCGCACUACUGCAACGACUGGAUCAAGAUCAGUGAGAUGUUAUUGGGACCUGUACCAUCAAACUUCACCUUCCUUCCAAAACACAAGGCCAACUCCUACCUCCAGCAUUAAUAUUAUACAUACCUCGCAUUCUUUAUUGCAGCUAAUUGUUUUAUUUUGAAAUUGAAAAUCAUGGUUCACAAAGAGAGU